AAAACAAAAUUUUAUUAUGUAAAACGUAUGCGGGACUGUUACUUGGACUUGUACAAUCACCAUUAUCUCUUCCCCUCUCCCUCUUCCUUCCUCCUCUCUCCAACCCUAAUUCCCACAUUUCCAUACAUACUAAUACCCAUUCCUUCUCAGAUCUACAGCUCCAUUUAACCAUACCCACUACCCUCAAACUUCAGAUUAUCCUUUCUUUUAUUCAAUUCUCCAUCGAUUCAUGGAUAUCCCUUCGUAUUAGAAGGCCGGCUGAAGAGUGUCAAGUGAAGCACACGGAGAGAAGAACAAAGGAAAGAUGGAAGGGAGUUCCGGGGGAGGAGCAGCAGCAGCAUCAUCGGGUACCUCUGCAGCAGUGGCCGCCGGAGGAGGGGGAGGUAACGACGUGGAGCUAGUCUGUAAGACGUUGCAAGUGGAGCACAAGCUCUUUUAUUUCGAUCUCAAGGAGAACCCUCGCGGCCGUUACCUCAAAAUUUCCGAGAAGACUUCUGCCACCCGCUCCACCAUCAUCGUCCCUUUCUCCGGCAUCUCUUGGUUCCUCGAUCUUUUUAAUUACUACGUCGCUUCCGAUGAGCACGACCUCUUCAGCAAAGAAUUGCAGCUCGACACCAAGGUCUUCUACUUUGACAUUGGCGAGAACCGGAGAGGCCGCUUCUUGAAGGUCUCUGAAGCAUCUGUUAGUAGAAACCGCAGUACUAUUAUUGUUCCUGCAGGAAGUGCCCGUGAUGAAGGAUGGGCAGCUUUCAGGAACAUUUUGAGGGAAAUUAAUGAAGCCUCAAGACUGUUUAUUUUGCCUAAUCAGCAAACUUCUGAAACCUCAGAACGUUUAGUUGGACUCUCAGAUGAUGUGGGGGCUGGCUUCAUUACUGGACACAGUAGCCAACCUGUCACGUCUUCUGAGCUGAAUGUAGACAGGUCAGUGGAGCUGCCACCUCAGGAUGAAAUUGGUAACAUGGGGGUCUCCAAGGUAAUCAGAGCCGAUCAGAAAAGGUUCUUCUUUGAUUUAGGAAGCAAUAGUAGGGGUCAUUUCCUGAGAAUAUCAGAGGUUGCAGGUUCUGAUAGGUCAUCUAUAAUCCUCCCAUUGUCAGGAUUGAAGCAGUUCUAUGAAAUAGUUGGUCAUUUUGUGGAGAUCACAAAAGAUAGAAUUGAAGGAAUGACUGGUGCCAAUGUGCGGACAGUUGAACCCCCUCAAAGAUGAAUGCCGCUGAGUGCUAUCUAGGGGUUUAGCUGAAACAAAAUAAUUCAAUUAUCUCAACAUCUGCUGUAGAGCUACAAAUAGAUUGGUUUGAUCAGGGUGUGCAAUUGUGUUUAUGUAAUUUCAUCUCAUCUUAUUCAAGUCCAAAAAUAAUGCGAGUUGAUCUGUUUGAUUAGACAAGAAGUAUUGAAGAUGCUUCAAAUAGGGAAUAACAGAAAAGGAACCAGUUACUUAUUUGUGGGUUUGCUAGAUGACAUUCUCAGAUACGUUUACAAUAAGCUCGUACUAGGAGUUGUCUUGAAAUUUAGAAUGAAGGUUUGCCGAGAA